AUGUUCUCUCGUUCAGUCUCUUUCAGCGAAUACAUAUUAUCUGUUUCUAUCUAUUUUAAGGGAUACAUAUUCUCUGCUUCUCUUUAUUUUAAGGAAUACAUUUCCCCCUUGCCACUUCUAUCUAUCUAUCUAUCUAUCUAUUGUUUUAUGUUCAUUUUCUAUCUGUUAUAUAUGUUCAUUUUCUAUCUGUUAUUGUUUCUAUCUAUCUAUCUAUCUAUCUAUCGUAGUCUGACAAUUUUCUAUCUAUCUAUCUAUCUAUCUAUUGUAUUUGAUCAUUUUCUAUCUAUCUAUCUAUCUAUCUAUCUAUCUAUCUAUCUAUCUAUCUAUCUAUCUAUCUGUUAUAGUAUGUUCAUUUUCUAUCUGUUAUUGUUUGAUCAUUUUCUUUCUAUCUAUCUAUCUAUCUAUCUAUCUAUCUUAGUCUGGCCAUUUUCUAUCUAUCUAUCUAUCUAUCAAUCUAUUUUUCAUCAUUUUCUUUCUAUCUAUCUAUCUAUCUAUCUAUCUAUCUAUCUAUCUGUUAUAGUAUGUUCAUUUUCUAUCUGUUAUUGUUUGAUCAUUUUCUUUCUAUCUAUCUAUCUAUCUAUCUAUCUUAGUCUGGCCAUUUUCUAUCUAUCUAUCUAUCUAUCUAUCUAUCUAUCUAUCUAUCAAUCUAUUUUUCAUCAUUUUCUUUCUAUCUAUCUAUCUAUCUAUCUAUCUAUCUAUCUAUCUAUCUAUCUAUCUACAAUUGUGGUUUUGGACAACAAUACUACUUUAAUCCACGUUUCAUCGAUCAAGAGUGAUUUGGUUUGGUUUGGUUUGGUUUGA